AUCACAGCACACAAUUUCACUUUUUAGUAAACACUUUAUGAGAACUAUUGACUCGACCUGUGUUCUCUUAAAUCAGUAAAUCGUGAGAGAGCAGUCCUCUUCUUACAUAGAAUAAACAGCUGAAUUUUUUUAAAUAUAUGAUUAAAAAAUGACUGUCAUUCUGAUAUUAGCAUGCAACCAAUCAUUUAUGAACAAAUAUGACUCAAAGAUGUUAUGGUUUUCAAUCAGAAGUAAAAUGAAUAUGUGUAUGAAAUUGUUAUCUUGAUUCAUUUAAUAUAUUAUCUAAAUCAGAAUAUUUCCGAUGUUUUAAAAGUCAGGUAUAAAAAAAUCAAUAGACAAGUAGGGAUUAUUGUUUUGAGAGGGGGAGCUACGCACACAUAUAUCAGCGGUAAGGAACAAUAACUCUAUGUACGAUGAGCUAUAAUCUGGUCACUUAACAAGACAUUUAUAUUUGAACUUUGAACUUUUAACACUUUCAAAACAGGGUCGGUCUGUUACACGCGGAUCUUGAUGACAUGUAUAGGAGACUUUCAAACAAAAGUUUUCAGGUGAUAACGUAUCUCUUCUAUUGUUUCAACGGCCAAUAUAGACAAAAAUGACCCCAACACCUGUAUGUACGGCCAACAAGAUGCAAUCUACCUGUCCUCACCUGACCAGAUUUGUAAACUUAGGGAGCAUAGCCUUGUUUCUUCGGCAUUUUGCUGAUUGACCACUGGAUAUAUUUACAUUUGUUGAGAUAUCGUAACAAACUUAGACUGAAACAACAAUGGACCAAGGCGAAAAGUCUCUGCUCCUAGAGGAUGAGGAGGGGGCGCCCAAAUCAGUCAAGAUUCCAGUGACGGGGUUUGUGAUCGGGAUCAUCGUAUUUGUCCAUAUGGCCUCGUUUACCAUUCUUGUUUUCGACUUGAGUCAGUACACAUAUAGUGUGUAUAAGGACAAAGAGUUUCCGAAUGCAACCUUAAACCAGUCUGGAAAGUCACUUUGUGAAACAAACACGAGUUCCAAGGAGUUCCAAAUGGAGCAGACGAUCCAAUCUGACACAGCACGCUGGACGGUUUAUAUCUCGAUAUCAGGCGGAAUUCCCGCCAUUUUUACUGCACCCCUGAUAUCUACUUUGAGCGACAGAUACGGACGAAAGAAAACAUUACUGGUUCCCCUGUUUGGCUCGUUGGUUAAAAGUGGACUUUGUUUCAUGAAUAUAAUCAUGAAUUAUGACGUCAAUUUCUUCAUCAUUUAUCUUUUUAUUGAGGGGUGCACUGGAGGAUGGGUGUCCUCCGUCGCAAUUUGCUCCUCGGGUUUCGCCGAUAUCACGAAGGCAGGAAAACAGAGAUCCUUUGCGUUUGCUAUCCUGGGUCUCGGCGUCGGUGUGGGAUUUCUAGCGGGCACCCUGCUCUCAGGAUACCUCAUAGAGGCGUUUGGUUUCAACAGCCCCGUCAUCGCUUCCGGAGCCAUGGUACUGGUUGGAAUCAUUCUGACGAUAUUUGUCCUCAAGGAACCGCUAAGUGAGGAGAAUAGAGUAAGUUCAGUCCACCCCUUGCGUCAAAUCAAAGAGUCUCUGGACUUGUACAUUCACGGCAACAAAGACCCAAACUAUGGCCGACGCUGGCAGUAUAUAAUACUAAUUUGCUCAUUCAAUUUACUGAGUAUGGCGGCACUUGGAAAGACAAAUGUGGAAAUCUUGUAUCAGAUAGGAUCCCCGUUUUGUUGGAGUCCCAUAAAGAUCAGUAAUUUCGGCACCAUUCGCAGCGUCAUUCAGGAGUUCGUGGGAGUCGUGUCGAUUCGUAUCAUGCAGUGUUUUAUGUCUGACGAUUUCAUAUCCGUCAUUGGAACCUUGUCUGCCAUUGGGUACUUCGUCAUGGAGGCGCUCUCAAAAACAUCUUUUGAACUUUACAUGGUUCCGGUGGUCGGUUGUCUCGCAAUCAUAGAGAUUACUAUGAUCCGCUCCAUCAUGUCUCGGCUGACGCCCCCAGACAAACAAGGUUCGAUGUUUGGAGGGAUUGCGUUAUUUGAGAACAUUUGCUUCAUGGUGGGAUCCGUUGCUGGUGGCGCUAUCUACUCAGAAACAGUGGCUUUCCUCCCCGGGUUCGCCUUCUGGGUCAUGGCGGGUUAUAACGUUAUUGCCUUAUUCCUCCUUAUAAUAUUUUACAUUGGUUCCAAACGAAUACACAUUCAGUACAAGGAGAUCAACGUCACAUAGCCGGGUAAUGACGUCACCACCAGAGAAGCAGUCUAUUCUCCAUAGUAACCGAGCCCAGUUCCCGACUCCACCGCAUGAUUGGAACGCAUAAGUGAAAAUGAUGUGACAAUUUUGUUAUUGUUGUUUUUAUAUAUAUAUAUUCACCAUGAUUUUAUAAAAUAAAUAUGUUUAUGCCUACAUGUUUCCGAGAUAGAGUUACACUAGCAUACAAACCUCGAAUAGAACUUGGCAAGGUUCUUCUUUUUUUCUUUUCUUUUUUUUUUUUUUUGGCCUUGUAUAAAGUUCGUUGGACCUGUCCAUAAUUAUAUACAUGUUUUAGAAAUGACGCGAAGUACCCAAAACUUUUAUUUUUUAAAAUUUUGCUAUCAUUUUGACCUGCUUAUAAAAAGUAUGUAAAUGGAGGGGAAAAUUGUUCAUUGCGAGAAA